AUGACGUCAUUAUCAGAAUUGUUGUGAAGACCGGGAAUUUUCGCAAACAUGGCAUUUUCUAGCCAUUUGCGAAGAUUUGAUAAUUAUUUAGAGAUAGCAGAAAGGGAUGAGGAGCUUUCUAAACUGAGAAGGGAUGUCUUACGUCUUGACAAUCUGAUCGCCGAUCUAGACAACAAGAAUUAUAAAUUAAAAGAUGAAAUCAAAAAGAUCAAUUAUGAACUAAAUAUAAGCGAUAUGCAAAACCGUUCUCUGAAGUUGGAGAUAGAACGUCUAAGACGGGAGAAUCGUGAACGCUGGUGGGACAACUUCGACCUUCAAAAACAAAAUGAAGAACUACGCGCAACUGUAGAAGCAUAUAGAAUUUGCCCGUGUUGUUGCACGAGGAGCUGUUCAAGUACUCCAAGUCGCCCAAGAACAGCCAGGUCGGCGCCACACAGGGACAUAUAAACACAAAAAUAAUAUCCCUAGAGACACGUGAAUAACUUAUUAAUCAUUUAUUUCCCAAUUUUCAUAAUUCUGGCAUUAAGUCUUCCAUUCACAGUAAAACCUGUAUAUAGUGAACACCAAUGUAGCCAGAAUAAGUGUUCACUCUAGAUAGGUUUUCAUUACAGAGAGGAGAUUUAUAGAGGAGUGUCUUGAAGUGGUGUUCACUACACACAGGUGUUCGGGUUGUACUAUACAUGUAUGUUACCUAUUUCCCCACCACUCUGUAUAUGCUAAGAUGUUAGGGGAGGGGGCUAAAGAGGAUAUAAAAUGACAAAUGCAGGCACAUUUCACAAUAAUUGACUAAAUAGACUGUUUAAAUAUAAAUAACAGAUUUAUUCCAAUUGCAAUCCAUUAAUUGAAAGUAACAUCACAAUAUGUAUAAGAAAAUCUAAUGUACAUCCAUAAACAAUAAUUUUUCAAUAAAUAUUUCGCAAAUUAAUUUUAACUCACCAGUGGCUAGUCUGUUAUUCAAAUGAUAUCGAACAUAGCACGUAAACCACAGGUUUUCAUAAAAAU